AGAGUGAACAGAGACAGAAGAACAGAACCCAUCAACCACAGAACAACAGAACCAUCAGGUCUGAGCUCCUCUCCUCCUCCUCAAGUCUGCUGAUCUGGCUGACGUGUUCCGGUUCAGGAUGACUUCCUGUCUGUUGUCCCUCCUCUUCCUUGCUUUUUUGGUGUCCUUCAUCAAGGCCACUGCUGUACCUGCUGGCUGCAAAAUCCGCAUCACCAACAAAGGACUGGAGAUGUUGAAGUUUGAGACUCAGAAGUUUGUUGAAGAGGAGAUCAGUAACAUCAGUAUGCCAGAGAUGCAGGGCAAAGAAGGGCGAUUCCAAUACACCAUCACCGAUGUGAGGAUUACAGAGUUGAAUCUGACUCAUGCUGACCUACGAUUCGUCCCUGAAGUUGGUUUGUUGUUCGAUGUUCAGAACUCAUCAAUAACGCUGAGUUUUCACCGACGGAUCCUUUACUGGUUCUUUUUUGACACAGGAAACAUUGAUGCAUCGGCUGAUGGAGUGAACAUCAACACCAUUCUGAAUCUGAUCAGAGAUGAUGAGGGGCGACUGAAGAUCAACAACAUCACCUGCGAUGCCAAAAUCAACAGAAUGAGAGCAAAGUUCAGCGGGACGCUCGGGAGAGUUUAUGACUUCUUGGCCAGUUUUCUGACAACAGGCAUGCGCUUCCUCCUUAACCAAAAGAUCUGUCCAGCCCUGGAUCACGCUGCUCUGGUUCACGUGAACUCGAUGUUGGAGACGAUACCUGUGAAGACUGAGGUUGAUAACUAUAUUGGUAUCGAUUAUUCGCUGAUCGAUGAUCCAGUGGUGACGUCCAGGAGCCUCGACAUGAACUUCAGGGGGAUGUUUUUCGACCUGGGUAAUCCGAACGACACUUUGGCGAACCACGCAAUCGACCCGGUGAUCAGCAACUACGACAGGAUGGUUUACUUCGCUCUGUCGGAGUUCUUCUUUGACAGUGGAAUGUUCGCAUACUACAGAGCAGAAAUCUUCCAGAUGCACAUAAUCAACGAGAAGAUGCCUAAAGAUAUGGAAAUGUUGUUGAGAACCACUUACUUUGGGUCCAUCAUGAUGCUGAACCCAGCUCUGGUGGACGCUCCGCUGUCGCUUCAGCUCGCCGUCAACUCACCUCCAAAAACCACCAUUAAGACGUCGGGAGCGACGGUCGUCAUGACAGCCAUUGUCAAGGUGAUGCUUCUGCCUCCAGGUCAGCCUCCGGUCCAGCUCAGCAGCAUGACCAUGGAAACAAAGUUCAACGCCAAAGUGUCUAUGAAAGGGAAACGUCUGGCUGUUCACGCUGACCUCCGCAGGUUUAAAAUCUACUCUAACCAGUCGGCUCUGGAGUCACUGGCACUGAUUCCUCUGCAGUCCCCUCUAAAGACGAUGCUGCAGAUGUCUGUGGUUCCGUUGAUCAACAACUGGACCAAGAGAGGAGUUCAGAUCCCUCUGGCUGAUGGGAUGGAUUUCAUCGAGGAGGUGGUCGAAUAUCACAAUGGUUUCAUCGUGAUCGGAGCGAAUCUUCACUUCAGUAAAGGCCUGAGAGAAAUGAUCACAGGCGGCGAAGCCAUCUAAAAAGCAUGCACACACACACACACACACACACACACACACUAUAUUUAUACCUUCAUGAUGGUUACACUUGUUCAUUUUGCCUCUGCAACUUGUGCUGUAGCCAUGGAAACCACAUACACAGAUAUUGUAGUGGAGUAACCUGGAGAGUAACCCCCCCCCACACACACACAUACACACACACACUAAUCACUAUCUAGUGAAUUCUAUGUUGUGGUCUAUAUAGUGAAAAUAAAAAAAACCCCACUAUCGGACACUACUUGGUGAUUUUUCUCUGCGCCGGUAAUUACCUCAUUGUCACAGACAUUAUGAUGUACCACACCACCGCUGUCUGGUGGACAAUCCCAUAAUAUAGUCUAAAUAUUAUUUUUUUCCCACUUUGUAUUAAUAUUUUUAGGUAAAAAAAGCACGUUGAAUUGCCUUGUUUAAAUGUAGAAAUAAACUUAUUUGCCUAUUUGUGUGUGUUGUGAUGCUCUUUUUUGUAUAAUUUUGACAUGUUGUCCGACAAAACAUAACACCGAUAAACAUUUAUAGACCAUUGAA